UUGUGUGUGACAGAUUAAGGUGGAAUUUCUUUUUGUUGUACGCUGCCGAUAACCCCUUGCCCUUCUUAUCAAUAAUGGCAAGGAACGAGCUUUCCAUGAAGCAGAAAGUGGAGCUGAUUCUUCAAAGUGAAGGCAAGAGCCAGAGGCAGCUGGCUGAGCUGUUCAGCAUUGGGAAAACCCAGGUGCAGACCAUCCUGAAGAGGAAAGCGGAGAUACUUCAAGCCUAUGAAGGCAACAGAGACACCGCUCGCAAAAGGCUGUGUGUCCGCAUGGAGCAUGGUUACCUCAACCUGAUAAUGUGCCGAUGGUUUCAGCACGUCCAGUCUCAAGGUGUAUCGGUCAAUGGGCCUAUCAUUCAGAAAGCGGCACUGCACUUUGCUAAGGAGCUGGGUAUCAAUGACUUCAAGGCUUCAAACGGGUGGCUCAGAAGUUUUCGCAGUCGCAACAACAUCAGCUUUGAAACCUUUUGCGAUGAAAGCCCUGGUGUGAACCAAGCCUGGAAGUCUCACUGUGGUACCCUGGGGAAACUGUACACUUACACUGCACCAUUGCAAAGAGCAGUGCAAGGCUGCUGGUUGUAUUUGGACCUUUUAAGAAGGUGGUGGCAAGAGACAAAGGGAGAAAGUUGGAGGCAGGAAUGGACUAUUUGUUGUGGUUAUUUUAAUGGUUGUCUCAAGAAUAGAACAGACACUGAGGAAUUGGUUGUCUAAAUUACCUUCUUUGUUAGGGAAUGGUUUAUUUCACGUGCCCCAAAUAGGAAGAAAGUAAAACUUUUGCUGGAUAUACUCCUUGCACAAAGUGUCUUUAGCACCUCUUGU